GCCACUUCGACGAUCCCUCUUCCAUCCCGUCUUCUUCUUCCUCCUCCUGUUUUCGCUGUUGUUCGACUCUCGUGCAGCACAUUGCAUUGCAAUGGCUAUAUAUACCUGCCUCCAUGCAAAGCUUCAUGCCACAUAUAUAACAAGCAGACACACACAUAUACAAGCCAUUGCCAGCGUAUAGACUACUGUACUUACGUUACUAGCUAGAGAGCCAGCGUACGUUUUCGAUCCAGGUCGACCGUCGACGACAAUGCCAUCUUUGCAAGCUGCCACGGCGCCCAUGGCGGCGAAGAAGCAGCUGCCGGCAGCGGCGGCGGAGGAGACCAAUAAGAGCAUGGCCGCCCUGAUGCGCCUGCUCCGUGCAACCAUGUCGGAGGAAAAGCAGGCCGGUGGUGCGGCAGCCAUCGGCGCCGGCGGAACCGGGGAAGAGAAAGUGGAGUGGCUCCGGUCGCAGCUCAUCGGAAGCGACGUCGAGUUCGACACGCCGUUCGGCCGCCGCGCGCUGACUUACGCCGACCAGACGGCGUCCGGCCGGAGCCUGCGGUACAUCGAGGACUACCUCGUCAAAGAGGUCCUCCCCUUCUACGGCAACACGCACACGGAGGACAGCCACGUCGGGAGCAAGACGACGCGCCUGGUGCACAAGGCGUCGCGCUACGUGAAGCGCUGCAUGGGCGCCGCCGGCCCCGGCGACGCCAUGCUCUUCUGCGGCGCCGGAACCACGGCGGCCAUCAAGCGGCUGCAGGAGGUGAUGGGGAUCGCCGUGCCCUCCGUCGAGCUGCGCGCGCGCGUCGCGGCGCAGCUCCGCGCCGAGGAACGGUGGGUGGUCUUCGUCGGGCCGUACGAGCACCACUCCAACCUGCUGUCGUGGCGCCGGAGCCUCGCCGAGGUCGUCGAGAUCGGCGUCGACGAAGACGGGCUGGUGGACGUGGCCGCGCUCCGCCGCGCGCUCGCGUCGCCGGAGUUCGCGGACCGGCCCAUGCUGGGGUCCUUCUCGGCCUGCAGCAACGUGACGGGCAUCGUGACGGACACGCGGCGGAUCGCGCGCGUCCUGCACGAGCAUGGCGCCUUCGCGUGCUUCGACUUCGCCGCCAGUGGACCAUACGUGAAGAUUGACAUGAAAUCUGGUGAAAUCGACGGCUACGACGCUGUCUUCUUAAGCCCACACAAGUUUGUUGGUGGACCAGGCACACCAGGCAUCCUUGUGAUGAACAAAGCACUGUACCGGCUCAACGCUCAGCCUCCAUCUACCUGCGGCGGUGGCACCGUGGCCUACGUCAACGGCUUCAAUGAGGAGGAUACAUUGUACUACGAUGAUAUCGAGGAGCGAGAGGAUGCAGGCACACCACCAAUCCUCCAGAAGAUCCGUGCAUCGCUCGCAUUUUGGGUCAAGGAGUACAUUGGGUAUGACAUGAUGAGCCUCCGGGAGCAGGUUUACUCCGAGAUGGCAAUGAAAAGGCUCGUCAGCAACCCAAACAUAAGGGUUCUUGGAAACACAGACGUAGAACGCCUACCAAUCUUCUCCUUCCUAAUCUACCCUCCUGUCGCCAAUAAUCCUUUGUCUGAAGAUGCUGCUGCUGGUGAGCCUGGUUCCAAGCGUCUCCCACUCCAUGGCCGUUUUGUCACCAGGCUUCUGAAUGAUCUUUUCGGCAUCCAAGCAAGGGGUGGCUGCACAUGCGCAGGCCCCUAUGGCCAUACAUUGCUCAACAUCAACAACGACCUCUCCCUUCGCAUCCGGUCUGCAAUUCUUGAGGGUUACAGUGGACUGAAGCCAGGAUGGACAAGGUUGAGUUUUGCUUACUACUUGUCCCAGGAGGAGUUCAAUUUCAUCCUGGCCGCCAUUGAGUUUAUCGCCUUGUAUGGCCAUAGGUUCAUCCCUCUGUACAAAUUCGACUGGAUUACCGGUGACUGGACAUUCCGGAAGCAGGCGAUCAAGUACCAUAUCAUGAAGGAGGAGCUCGCUCUUGCCACUGGUACUCAUCUCUUGGCUGAGAAUGGCCAGCCAAAGGUUUUGGACAAAUUGGCGAAGAGACCUGGGGUUAAUCAUGACAAGUUUGAGAGCUACUUAGAGCAUGCAGAGAAAAUUGCAGUGUCAUUGCCAGAUAUUAGUCAGCGGACUGUCAGUAUCCCAAGAGGAGUAGAUCCUGACUUGGUUCUCUUUCAUAUAUAGUGAACAUCUUUGUUCCCUUAUCUAAAAAUAUAUAGUGAACAUAGACUAUGACUGUAGCAAUAAAAGGCAUGUGGCAUAGCAUCUGAGUUUGCCAAAACAGAUUGUUACACAUGACACACUGAAAGUUGUACAAUCAGAGUUAACCUAUUUAUCAUUUUUCUAAAAAUUGCUCCCUUUUUCCUGACUCUAUCCUGUGUGGGAGCUUCCAGUACAUCACAAAGAAUUCCAAAACGUGAGG